AUGGCGACCUCCGCGAACGCACUGUACGUCGUGCGUCUCGUCCUCGGUGCGCGCAACCCCACUGCGCCCCGCGCCGCCCUCGCCUCCGCCGUCGCCCGCCGAAAUGUGUCCACCGCCGCCAUCGGACAACAAACGGACGCAGCUGCAGCUACCGGCACCACUACCGAUGCGGCUGCUGUUACCGACAUCGAUUUCCUCGAACCCGAGACCGGCGAGUACAACGACGCCGCCGAUUUCUUGCCCGAGAGGUCAUCCACUGCGCCAGCCCCGAUUCCCUGGCCAACCAUCUUCCCCCACGGCGAGGCACGCCCGAUCCAGCGCCGACCAUGCGAUCUGCUCGCCCGACUUGUCUCCGAAAACCGCAUCGAGCAAGCGCGCAAGGUCUACGAUGAGCUGCAUGCGCUACACACCGUCCCCGUUCAUCGGAAGCUUUACCUUAAGGCCGCGCUCAGCAGUUUGCAGCCGACCGCAGAAGGGCGGGCGGACUUUCUCUUUUGGUUGGAGCUGUACUCGAAUCGGGGCGCUGCUGAGAAUCACCCUGGCUUGAAGGCGACAUGGGACCCAGUUGUCUCGCAGAUCCUGUACGAGCACCUCGACGUCGACUUCAUCGGCAAGUUCCUCGAGCUGGGCGGUCGGAAAGGUCUACUACCCGCCCUCAUGCCGCACUUCACUCACGUGCUGGCUACAAUGGCUGCACCUAGUGUGAGCGAGGAGAUCAUGCAGCGCUCUCUCGCGGCAUACAUCAACUCGACGACCAGCAAGACUUCGACGUCUAGGCGAGCCGAGUAUGGUCGUGCUUUUGUUUCCGACCAGGUCAACCAUUGGUGGAAUCAGUACCUCCGAUCGCUGUCGCUUGGGGGCUGGAACGAUGCCGCGCGCGCUCUCCUGUUUUCGCCUCCACCGGGUGUCGCCUGGGAUAUCUUCACCCGGCACAUUGUUGUUGGCGACCCCGGACCGCGCAAGCAGCGUGCGCUGGAGCGUCGGCGCUCGAAGGCGAAGCAGGAUCCGCUCGACACCCUUAUGAGAGCCCCGGACACUCACGAGGAGCCGCUUGCCAAGAUGAUCAGCUCAGCGGUACAUGCUCCUACCUUCCCUGACGUUGGCACUCUCGCCCGCAUCCAAGCCGAGCUCGGAAGCAUGCCAAACCGCGCCCGGCUCUUGGAGAGCUUCAAGCGACGCUUCAUCAACCCGCCAAAGUCACACCCAGGACGUUCGACCCCGACAGUCGCUCAGCAGUGGUGGUGGCACGCUGAGAUCACUCGCCUAGUUCGCGCCGAGAAGCACAAGGAAGCUGUCGAUCACUUCCGUGAGCACUUCCUCUGGCUGGGACUGCCACCCGUUCACCUCGCGCCGCUGAAACCGGACGCGACGCGCUUGGUUCCGUCAAUCAGCAUUCUGACGACGAUCAUUCCCUCUGUUCUGAGCUUGCUCCCUUAG